GAUAUUUUGUCUUUAAUGCCGGCCAGCGACUGUUGGUAUAGGCGAUGGAGGAAUAGGUGGAGCAAUGUGGCAGAUAAUCAGGCACCAAUUAAUCCAACCGAAAUCAAACAGCCUCGAUGUGAAGAUGAAUUGUCGAACAUUAAAUAUUCAUCCACCAUGAAGAGAAUUUUAAAAACGAUCAAAGAUGAUAUAAAAACUGAGGUAACCACUAAGAAGCCUAAACUGGUUUCAGGCCACAAUUAUGAAACACAUAUACAAGUUUCAAGUUGUUGUGAUAGUAAUGAAAUUAAUAACGAUUGUAGUGGAAGCAAAGUAAUAGAAGAACCUGACAAGGAAGAGGUGAUAAACAGAAUAACAAAUAAUCAAUCUACAGUUCAAGAAAGUCCACUAAUUACUUCAUUUGCGGAAUACAGUGAUACUAGAGCACAGUCAAAUUCAUUGGAAUUGAAAAAUAGUUUACAACUAGAAAUAAGUCCUAAUAAUUAUACAACUAGUGUUUUGAAUGAGAUUGACUCUAGUCUAGGUCAGAUAAAUGACGUCUAUUGUUUUAAAACUCAGGAGAUUGCUUCAAUUUUCAAGACUGAUGAAAGUGUUGAAGGUGUAGGAGGAACAAACUGUGGAACAUCAGAAGGAGUAGAGGAAAUGAGUGAUAAAGCUUAUAUAGAUGGAAAUGAGAGAAAAGUUGGUGAUUCGAAAACAGAAAACAGUUUCAGCUGCUCUCUUAAUGGGCCAAUAAAUGCUUUUAGUUCUGAAAAUAUUCCGCUGCAAACUGUAUUGAGUGAUGAUAUUACUAACCAAAUUACAGCUUUGUCAAAUUAUGAGAGUUCCUGUGUCAAUGGUAAUGUUGAAAAUGCUAUACAAUUUGAAAGCUGUGCGGUUAUCCCUGAGUAUUCCGGUUUCCCUAAUUUUGCUGUAAACAUCCUUGAGGGAACUUCCCACAGUUGUGAUAAAUCUAAAAAAUUGGCCAUUGAGUUGGAGGAUACCCAAAACUUUGUUGAAAUGAUCAAUGAGUCAGUGUUUCCAAUAGCAUCCAACUUCGAGGAAUCAAUUAACAGAUCCAAUGAACUUGUCACUGAGUUGAAAAGUGUUGGUUUGGACUUGUGUGAAAAAGAUCAGGAUAGUUUGGAGUUGAUGAACAGUACUUUCAUUCGUCAUUCGGAAAAUAGUGUUAGUAGUGAUAAUUUUGACUCUUGUCUAAUGUCGGCUGAAUUUCAAAUCCCGGGAUUGUCGUUGGGUAGCGAUGAUAUCUUUGAAAACUAUCGGAAUAGUUUGUUUAUGGAAUCGAAUUAUAUGUUUUGUGAAAAUUGUGACGAUUUCCAUAUGAAUGAGGUUAAUGACUGUGAGCACAUCGAUAAUAAUUAUGAAGAAAAUGAAUCUUUCAAAAACUCGGAAACUGAUCAGCAAUCCAAGUCUGAAGAGAAGGAGAGAAUCGAUACCAAUAAUAAGGAAGAGGAGGUGUGUUCGAAGGAUGGAGAAGAUUUUAAUAAGCGAUUGAACCUUCCUGAAAGAAAUGUUCAAAGAAAACAAGGCGAAGGAAAAAUGAAAAAAGGCGAAAGAUAUUUGCCCAAAUUCAAGGCGAAAGUGGUGGCUUAUGCAAAGGCACAUACAAUAAGAGCAACUGUAUUGAAAUUCAAUGUGAGCAAGUGUUCAGUCAUUGAAUGGAUACGGGCCAAAUCGAGGGAAAACAAGAAGCAGAACUUUGAACCUUAUAAGGAAUUAAUAGCAGUUAACGUGGAAGAGGAUUUCAUCAAGUGGCUGAAAUCUAUACGAGAAUCCCAACUGCCCUUGAACCAGUCUAAAAUUAUUGAUAAGCUGGAAGAUUUGCUGAGACCUGAAGAAAAUACUGAAAAACACACUGAAAAAUGGCUUGAACACUAUCUAGAACGGUUGAAAAAUGUAAAAGAAACGUUGGAAUUUGAUCCAAAAGUGAAAAAUGAGAGAAUUUCGGGAAAAUAUGUCAAGUAUCCAUUGCCUUUUAAAAGGGAAGUUACACUCUAUGCUGAAAAGUUCAGUCAGAAGGCGGCUUCGAGGGACUUUUGUGUUUCACGAAGAAGGGUGUAUGAAUGGAUGCAGACUGUGAAGGGUAGACAGGGCGAGGAAAAAGAAUCACGAGGGUUGGAGAAGGAGAAACGGGACAGCUCCAGUUAUGUUGUUGAUGCCACUAUUGACCGGAAUAUUCUCGAAUGGUACAAAUCGCAGAGUGUGCCUCCUACUGAAAACCAGGUACGUGAAAUGGGCGUGAAACUGUACGCAGAUGAGGGCCACGACGUGAGCUGCUCUCACGGCUGGUGGCGUCGCUGGCGGCAACGACAUGACGUCACGAAGGCAGCCAAGUGUCUGUUGGCCUUGGACAGCCACAUCCUAGAAUGGCUGCUCGGUCAGCUGGACAGCCAUGUCAACGUCAGCCAUGCCCAACUCAUCCAAUAUGUCUCGAAGAUUGGCUCAACCAACGCUUUUUCAAAGGUUUCAAAUGGCUGGGCUUUACGAUUCUGUAAACGUUACCCGACACUAUUGCAGAGAACUCCUCAAUUUGAUACCAACUUACCACCAGCAAUGGAAAUGAAAGUGUUGUCAUUUCGAAAACGAAUUCAAGAGUUGAUUUCUAAAUUUGACCUGAAAGAAAAUGACAUCGGAACAAUUGAUGAAAUACCUAUACGCUUCACGGACAAAGGUGUGAGAGUGAAAGAGCAAUUGAUAAGGAAAUCUGGAUUUGAAAACUGUCAGGCAUCCCUUCUAGUAUCUUGCUUAGCAAGUGGCAGACUUCUACCUUCUAUAGUAAUUGUCAAAGGAAGUCUGCCAGAAGAUGUAACUCUGAGUAACGAAGAUGUUAAGGUUUUUGUGCGUGAAAACAGCUGCUUGGAUUCAGAAAUUCUCCAUUACUGGAUAAAUAAUAUUUGGUCAGUGUUACAAACAAAGAAAACUUCGAUUCUUGUGUCGAAUAAUUUCCAGCCGUAUAAAGAUGCAACAGCUAGCAAGGAACUGACAGCAAUAUCCUGCAAGCAUGAAUUCUUUCCACCCGGAUGCCUAUCCAAACUGCAACCAAUUCGAGUGGCUCUAUCAACCGCAUUCCAGGAUGGAGUGUAUGAUUUUUGGAAGAAGAGAGUGAAGACCACUUGGGGUGAUGAAAUAUCUUUCAUGGAUUUGCCUUCCCAUCACGAUAUAUUCGAUUGGACAACUCAGAUACAUCGAAAACUGGCUGCUACUUGUCAGGAGGAAAUCGAAUCAUCAUUCAGAAAAACACUUUUAGCUGAGAAUGGGGACAAAUGUCUGCAGAAUAAGAUAGAUCAAAGCGCUAAAGAUCAAAUAGAUUAGAAAGCUGUGGAGGUCUUUGAAUAAAUGCAAAAUUAUUCUAAA